UCUGAGAAGACUGGACCUUACUGGAACUGUAGCAGAGAGGACUGAGAAAACACCUUUAAUGAACUUGCACCCCAGGAAUUGGCCACUGGAAGCCAAGAACUUCCUACUUGUUUGGGACAUUGAACCUUGAAUUCAUAAAGACUCUCAAAGGGCCAGAAACAAAGUCUGUGCGGACAAAGUCCUCUGGAAACAGAAACCCUCUAUUUUAAUAGAAACGUAAAUACAGAAGCCAUUGUUUCUGACCAGUUCCUCAUCAAAAAGAUGGAGAUUUCAGCUACCACAGAAACCUACCUUGCAACCACAGAAUACGACUAUGGGGACUCCACCCCAUGCAAAAAGGCUGCUGUAAGAGCCUUUGGGGCUGGACUAUUGCCCCCACUGUACUCCCUGGUGUUCAUCAUUGGCGUGAUAGGCAAUGUCCUGGUGGUUCUGGUGCUCACGCAGCAUAGGAGGCUUCAGAGCAUGACCAGCAUCUACCUGUUGAACCUGGCGGUCUCUGAUCUGGUCUUCCUUUCCACUUUGCCUUUCUGGAUUGACUACAAACUGAAAGACAACUGGAUUUUUGGUGAUGCCAUGUGUAAGCUCCUCUCUGGGUUUUAUUACCUGGGCUUGUACAGUGAGAUCUUCUUUAUCAUCCUGCUGACGAUUGACAGGUACUUAGCCAUUGUCCAUGCAGUGUUUGCCCUGAGGGCCCGGACUGUCACUUUUGGCAUCAUCACUAGUAUUAUCACCUGGGUCCUAGCCAUCUUAGCUUCUAUUCCUGGCCUAUACUUUUUCAAAGCCCAGUGGGAGUUCACUCACUAUACCUGCAGCCCUCAUUUCCCUUAUGAGAGCCUGAAGCAGUGGAAGCAGUUUCAAGCUCUGAAGCUCAACUUCCUUGGGCUAAUUUUGCCUCUGUUAGUCAUGAUCAUCUGCUAUGCGGGGAUCAUCAGCAUUUUGCUCAAACGACCUAGUGAGAAGAAGGCCAAAGCCGUGCGUCUGAUAUUUGCUAUUACACUUCUAUUCUUCCUCCUCUGGACACCUUACAAUCUGACUGUAUUUGUUUCUGCUUUUCAAGAUGUUCUUUUCACCAAUCAGUGUGAGCAGAGCAAGCAGCUGGACCUGGCUAUGCAGGUGACUGAAGUAAUUGCCUACACCCACUGCUGUGUCAACCCAAUUAUUUAUGUCUUUGUGGGUGAGCGGUUCCGGAAGUACCUCAAGCAGCUGUUUCAAAGGCAUGUGGCUGUACCCCUGGCAAAGCGGCUGCCCUUCCUCUCUGUGGACCAACUAGAAAGGGCCAGUUCCAUGACUCCAUCCACAGGAGAACAUGAGCUCUCUGCUGGCUUCUGAUUCAGAGCCCUUCCUUAAUGUCAACCAAGGUCUAAGAGAGAGAGAGCGAGGAGAUAACGUAUAGCUCUCCAAGACAGAUACUGACAGCUGUCACAGUGAGGAUUCACAAUCUUGUAGAAUCAGAGAGAAGCAGCUUAGGUAUAAGUUGCCUCUUUGUUUUCCUUGAACAUCUCUGUUGGAAAGGAGAUGAAUGAACAAAGUGAGACAUUCCGGAGACUGAGAUAAUGGGUGCCAAUGAAUGGCUUGGUCCCAACAAGAGUUAGGAUCUGUGGCCAUUAACGUUAACAAAGCCACAACUUUUACUGAACCCCAUUCUUUUUCUUUUCCUUUUUUUUUCUUUCUUUCUUUUUUUUUUUUUUUUUAUUUUUUGUAACAAGGUUUCUCUGUAUAGCCUUGGCUGUCCUGGACUCCCUUUGUAGAGCAGGCUACUGAACCCCACUCUAAUGAUGCAAUGUUCUGAGAAAAUUUUAAGGUAUUGUAA